UUGAGCCCGUGAUUUCAAACUUGAGGAAACGAAAACACCGCAGUGUUUGGCCGCCGUUUGGGUGCAUGAUCCCAACAUCGGAUCGAAAAAGCCUAUUGUUUUGGUCCUCAUAAACUCUUAGACAAAACAUCCAAACCACCAUGUCUAAAGGAGCGAAGGAGACCAUCGCUACCCGCCUGGGCUUCAAGUCUGUCCCCGCCGGACCCUCCAAGCAAGCCGAGGCUGACCUGGAACGGGUCCGGAAGGAGAACGCUCACCUGCGGAGGAAGAUGGAUGAACUCACCAAACGACAUGUCAAGCCCCCAGACCUAGACAAAAGCAAACUCCUAGAGCGUAUAAUAUCGCUGGAGACGCUACGGGAACGCAACAACCAGCAACUCCUGGUCAGGGAGCAGGAGAUGGAAGUCCUCAGACAGCAGCUCACUGCUCGCGGUGGAGAGGUGGUGGCCUCGCUGCAGGCCCAGCUGGAGCAGCGUCGACGGGACGCUGAGCAGCGAGACCGCGCCUUCCAGAGCCUGGCGGAGGAGGCGGAUGGCCUGAGGAAGAGUUUGGCCGCCACUGCGGCCCGCUGCCGGUCCCUGGAGGCACAGACUGCACAGAUUGGUGCUGCUCCCUCUGGAGACCUGGCUGUCGUCAACGAUCAACUCAGAGACGCUCUGGAGAAGAACCAACAGUGGCUGGCGUACGACCACCAGAGAGAGGCCUACGUCCGCUCUGUGCUGGGCCGCACUGUGGAGCUGGAGCAGCAGCUGGCCCAGACCAGCCAGGCUAGCCCAGAAGCCCCCAAGGUGGCAGCAGUACUUCCAGAAGUGCAGACCCACUCAGACCAGCUGGUGCAGGGGCUCCAGAAGGGCCUGGAGGCCCAGAGAGAGGCCGCCUCCAGAGCUCAUUUGGAACUCCAGCAACACAAAGAACAGACGUCCAGCCUGAGCGAGGAGCUCCGCAGACAGAAGGAGGAGGCGUGUGGUCUCCAGGAGGAGCUGGCCUCGCUGCAGAGGAGCUACAAGGAGAGGAGCAGGGAGCUGGAGCACAGCCAGGAGCUGCUGCAGGCCGAGCGCCUCAGCAACAGGCAGGUGGUGAGCGAGGAGCGGAUGGUGUCGUUGGAGAGGCGGGGCAAGAUGAGGGAGGAGCUAGAGGACAUGGACACCCGGCUAGAGGAGGAGAGGAAGAGGUCUGCCGACCUGCUGGCCCAGGUAAAUCUGCUGCAGAAGUCCAUCCUGAGCCAGACUGAGGAGCAGAGCCGGCUCGCUAUGCUAGAGCAGCAGAUCCAGCUGUCGGCCAAGGACUUUGAGAACGAGAAGCUAGACCGCCAGGGCAUGCAGCACCAGCUCCAAAAGGUCCUGAAGGAGCUCCGCAAGGCCCGCGACCAGAUCACCAGGCUGGAGUCUAAACCGUCCCACACGCGGUUCUCUGAGCCCAGCCUGUACCACACCAUGGAGUUUGAGCGGCUGGCCGUGUCCCCGUCCAGGGUGGGGAACCUCCUGGACGAGAGCUUCCUGGAGUGCCCCAAGUGCCGGGCAUCUUACCCCACCAGCCAGCACCGAGAGCUCCUGGCCCACAUCGACUACUGCCUGGCCUGAUCCCCCACACCCCAGAGACCAUCCCCCUUACCAGGUUCUGCAGCCUCCUUCUGCUCCACGUUUUCUACCUUACCGUCCAGAGGUGCAAUGUUUAGAAAAGAAACUGUCACUCCCUAGCUAGCCAUUGGAUCAAAUCAUGGAUCUGAACCUUAUUAGAGAAACUGUCACUGCCUAGCUAGCCAUUGGAUCAUUUAAAAGAUCUGAGCUUUAUUAGAGAAACUGUCACGGCUUAGCUAACCAUUGGAUCAUUUCAGAGAUCCGAACUUUAUUAGAGAAACUGUCACGGCUUAGCUAACCAUUGGAUCAUAUCAAAGAUCUGAACUUUAUUAGAAAAACUGUCACGGCUUAGCUAACCAUUCGAUCAAAUCAUGGAUAUGAACUUAAUAAGAGAAAAUGUCACUGCCUAGCUAACCAUUGGAUCAAUGAAAUCGUGGAUAUGAACUGCAUUGGAGAAACUGUCACUUCUUAACCGUAGGGGAAAAUCAUGGAUCUGAACUUUUCUUAUUGUACAUCAUUGGUAUAUAAUGUGUGAGGGGGUAGGGUGGCUGUGUAGGGAAGUGUUUUUUAUUGUUUAUUUAUACUCCUAAGUUUGGAAGCACUGGUUUUGUCUUUAUUUGUCAUAACUAUCACAUCGAGAUGUAAUAUAGUUUCUACUCUGUGAUUAAUAUAUAUGCUUGUUUCAGUGCAUUUUAUUUGGGUUGAAUAUUCUGCGUUAAGUGUUUGCAGUGUGGUCGUCCUUGCCAAAGAUAGAAUUUUCCUUUUUAAUUGUCGAUCAUUUGUUUGUACGUUUUUAAUUGCUUUUUUUUUAUUGUUUUUUUCUUAUCAAGGGUAUCAAUCUGAUCCGAAGAUCUUUUGCUUGUGUCAUCAUGGGAGUCUUUUAUAUCGUUAGAUUCGGUUUGUUGAGUUUCCAUGAAGGACUCAUGAAAUACCUUCAGCUAACUCGUCCAACAGUGUUCCUCCACUUAUCUUCAAUACAAUGCUUAGAGCCCAUAGACAUCUACUGUAUCCACAAGUCCAAUAUGAAGGGUGGCGUUUUAUAUUAAAGCCUUUAACAGUGUUUUCUUUAUACGUUGCAUACCAUUUGUAAAAAAAAUAUGCAGGUAGUUAUUUGCAACAAUUUUAUACAAGGUUCUCCUUGCUGUUUAAGCUUUCUUUAGCACAAAUCCUGCAAGCUCAGGCUUCUUCAGCAAACCUUGGUGCCCCUUGUCCUGUUGCCGUGACCCAAGCCCAGAACCACACUAGUGGUUUUGCCCUCUUGACUUCACAUACCGCCAGCCCUCUAAGGCUGCAAUGAGAUUGGCAGGAGUUAAAUCUGUGUAUUACACUAUUUCAGGAAGGGGCUUAGUGAAAGUCCUCUUGGGAAGAGGAAAAGAGGUUAAGGUGCCAGAGGGCUCGGCCAAGGCGACCAAGGUAGAUUUAGAAAGCAGGAAAGACCGAAGCACGGUCAGACUGACCCCAGGGAUCACUGCCUUGGGGCUGCUGUCGUGCGCUGGCUCUCUCGCUGUCGUGCACUGGCUCUCUUUUUUUUUUUUAACAAAGGCUGUUGGAAGAUUAGAAUUAAAGGACAAUUCUGGUAUUUUGAACAUUGAGCCCCCUUUCUGGUUUGUCUAGGAUGAAAUAGAGUGGUUAACACCGAGAUUUUUAAUAUUGGUCCUGUCUCGAGUAUUUGGCUAAUUUCAAAUCGCCCCGGCCUCCUUCACAAUGGCUGGCUAUGGGCAUGUAGAAACCUGUCCUUAAAACACCCCUAAACUUUCGUUUUUUGUGAAAUGUGAUACUCAUCGAGUGGUUAGUGGUGUUUGUUGAUGUUCCUCAUCAAGUAUCGUCGCGAAAUAGUUUCCUUCGUGUUUUAUUUAGCAUUUUGGAAAUCUGCAUAUUGUCAAUGAACCGGGGACCGGAAACGGAAAGGGGGGGUUGGUUGUAGUGUUUUCGCUCGGUUCUAGCCGUACUGUUGAUACGGAGAACCGAGUGAAAAAACUACAACCACCCCCCCCCUUUCCGUUUCCGGUCCGGUUUCCAUUGCAUUUACCAAAUGCCUAUUUACAAAAUGCCAAAUAAAA